AUGGCGACUCAAGCCCACUGCGCAUACUGCUUUGAAAGCCUGGUUGCGAGCCUCGAGAAGCGGCCUGCCCUGAGUCUGGCCCAGACCGAAGUCAUGUGGAGAAAAUUCAACGCUGGGAUAGAAGAUGGAUCUGUUGAAGCAGCAGGCGCAUCGUUGAAGCCUGCUGCUAUAUCACGCAUCCUGGCCUCGCCAUCUUCAUCAAGCAGCUCUUCAAGUCUGCCAAGUGCGAGUUCUACACCUAGUGGAGCUAGCGGCAGUGAAACAAACAGCAGCAUGACAAGCCAAAACAGUAGCACAACCAACCUAGAUGAUAAGACGACGAGACAAGAACAAGAAUCAGACUACGACGAGGAUGAGGAAGAGGAACACCCUUUAUUUGUAACCUGGAACACCAUCUCACCAGGAAGUCAGGAAAGGCGACUUCGCGGCUGCAUCGGCACUUUUGAGCCCCUCCCCCUCUCCACAGGCCUCUCCUCAUACGCCCUCACCUCUGCCUUUGACGACACGCGCUUCCCGCCCAUCACCAAGCAGGAACUCCCAUCUCUCGAGUGCGCAGUCACGCUCCUCACGCAUUUUGAGCCCGUCGACGACCCCAUGGAUUGGGAGGUUGGUAUCCACGGCCUGCGCAUCAGUUUCACGGACAAGGGCCGUCGCUACGGCAGCACCUACUUGCCUGAUGUGGCGCGCGAGCAAGGGUGGAGCAAGGAGGAAACGAUUGUUAGUCUGAUGCGCAAGGCGGGGUGGGGUGGCCGCAAGAGCGAGUGGAGGGCUGUCAAGAUCAAGGUUGUGCGGUAUCAGGGGAAGAAGGUUAGUCUUGCGUGGGAUGAGUGGAAGGCGUGGCGGGAUAAGGUCACUGAGUAG